AUGUUCGAAAAGUUUCCCAAGAUCUAUAAUGUCUACUUCUUGGCAAUUGUUGCCACGAUGGGAGGUAUGCUCUUCGGUUUUGAUAUCUCAUCGAUGAGCGCUAUCAUUCCAAGCGACCAGUACCUUGAAUACUUCGAUAACCCAUCUGGUGUUGUUCAAGGAGCCAUUGGCUCUGCCCUUGCUGCGGGCUCAGUAGUUGGCAGUGCUAUGGCUGGUCCCAUCUCCGACAAGUUCGGUCGUCGCGACGCUCUUGUAUUCGCCUGUAUUUGGUGGCUUAUCGGUACCGCUAUACAGGUCGCUUGCACAGGUCGCGGUAUGCUUAUUGCUGGUCGCGUCUUGAACGGAGUAACUGUCGGUAUUACGUCGUCUCAGGUACCCGUCUACCUCGCCGAAAUCUCGAAACACUCUCAGCGUGGCGCGAUUAUCAUCAUCCAACAACUAGCUAUCGAGUGGGGUAUUCUUAUCAUGUACUUCAUCGGUUACGGAUGUACGUUUAUUCCUGGCGCUACGGCUUCGUUCCGCACCGCUUGGGGAAUCCAGUUCGUUCCCUGCGUCAUGUUCAUGAUUGGACUGCCAUUCCUGCCUGAGUCACCCCGUUGGCUCGCAAAGGUCGACCGCACAGAAGAAGCAAUUCACAUCCUGGCCGCCAUCCAAGCCGAUGGCAACAUCGAGGACCCCUACGUUAUCGCCGAAUACGAGGAGAUUGUUACAGCGCUUACUGCUGAGCGUCUAGCUCCCCAAGGAUGGAGGAAGUUCGUUGUGAACGGCAUGUGGAAGCGAACCCUCGCAGGUUUCUCUGUCCAGGCAUGGCAACAACUUUCGGGUGCGAAUGUCAUGACUUACUAUGUCGUAUACAUCUUCGCCAUGGCAGGUCUUUCAGGCAACACCAAGCUCAUCUCAUCCGGCGUGCAGUACGCCUUGUUCAUCAUCUUCUCGUCAAUCAUGUUCUUCUUUGUCGAUAAGAUUGGCCGAAGGACGCUCUUAUUCUGGGGUGCGAUCACGAUGGCUAUAUGCCACUUUGUGGUUGGAGGAACACUAGGAGCUCAUUACACUUAUGUUCCCGAUGGUGUCGGUGGGGACAAGAACGUCGUCAUGGAGGUUACCGGAUCGCCCGCGUACACUGUCAUCGCAUUUUCAUACCUGUUAAUCAUUAUCUACGCGCUUACGCUCGCCCCCAUCUGUUGGGUCUACGCCGCUGAGGUGUGGUCACUAGAAACACGUGCUUCUGGAAUGGGCAUAGCGGCCAUAGGAAACUGGCUGUUCAAUUUCGCGAUCGGGCUCUUCAUUCCGCCAGCCUUCAUCAACAUCAAGUGGGGACUAUUCGUGGUCUUCGGGGUACUUUGUGUUCUGGCAUCUAUCCAGUUCUUCUUCACAUAUCCCGAGACUUGUGGCAAGACUCUUGAAGAGAUCGAAGUCUUGUUCAGCAAAGAUGGCCCGCAUGCUUGGCAGACCAAGAAGGGUAGCUCGCACCUCGCCCGUAAUGUCGAGAACGUUACAGCCGCGCAAGCCAAGGGAGACGCUCUUGCCACCAUUGAGAACAUCGCCAAGAAAGAGAAGGGUGAGACUCAAACAACUGAGGCUGUCUGA